UCCACUGCGCAGGGCGCAAUAGAUCCAAAGUUUGCGCCUCUGCUCUCAGCCACUCUCCAGGUGGCUCUGCAACCGUCGGAUUUCCACAGGAAGCAUUUCCUCAUAACCCUGCAGGAGAGUUCGUGGCGUCUCACAUGUGUCACAAAGGAGAAUUUUGCCCAGAGUUUGUGGAAGUAGAAGAAACUUGAUGGACAAUGAGCUGCCACCACCACACAGUGACAACGUCCGCGUGGUUUUCUUUGAUAGUGUGUCUGAUUCUGGCAGUAGGUCUGACUUCUAGAUUGGGACCUAAUCAACAAUUUACCUUCUUAUUACCUGCUGGCAGCACAGAAUGCUUCUAUCAAACAUCCACAAAGAAUAACAGCAUAGAAAUUGAAUAUCAGGUGAUAGCGGGGUCUGGGCUGGAUGUUGGGUUCGUCCUUAUUUCCCCCAACGGAUACAGACUGAUCUCUGACUUCAGGAAGUCAGACGCCUUCCACACGGUGGAUCCCACAGAGGAUGGAGACUACCGGUUCUGUUUUGACAACAGCUUCAGCAAGCUGUCAGAAAAGAUGGUGUUUUUUGAGGUUACCAUGAAAAGUCAGAGCAGCACAGCUGGAGGCCGCGAUGAGUGGGCUGACAUUGCUGUGUCAGAGAGCAUGGUGGAGUACAAACUGGAAGAUAUCAGGGCGAGCAUGGACUUGGUGUACCAGCACCUGGAGAGGAGCGGUCAGAUCCAAACGGUGCUGCGGACAUUCGAGGCCAGAGAUCGCUACCUCCUGGAGGACAAUCUGUGGCGGGUGUCCUUCUGGUCCUGCCUGAACCUGCUCGUCAUGCUCACCGUUGCUGUCGUUCAGAUUUGCACCCUGCGAAGCCUCUUUGAGGGCCCCAAACGGGUCUGCACCUAAGACAACUCUAUAUUCAUACUUCAUGGUGUGCAUACAGACACAUUUUUAGAUCCAUUGUCAUCAGUGAAACUACCAAGUCACUUCUGUUCCUUCUUGAAUAUUGUAUUUAUUCUAUUCCAGACACUAAUGCAACAGUCUUGGCUAUAUUUUCAAUAAACACUUCCAGUCAAUGAAAAACAAAUUAUCAUCACACCCCCCACCCGACAUAAAUGUAUUUUAAAAAAUACAUUUGUUAUAAGCUUCAUGUUUUAAACCUUUCCAAAUAAUUAACCUUCAACUAUCAUAGUACACAUUUACACAAACAUAAACAUUUUUUUCCCUGAUCAUCUUGCCACAUAUAGAUUAAAUAGACAAACAAAAAUAAUGUAACUGCAUUAUUUUUAAAUACAUUUUAGUUAGAUAUUUGAAGCCACAGCCUACCGCUCCUGACCAUUUAGCCACAUGUGCCUUUUUUAUUAUUCUAUUUAUAUUAGUUUUGAUAAAGUGUCAACACUUAACCAUCUGCAAGACAUAGAGAAAAAUAAACAUUUUAAAAAAGCACUGGUAAGAAUGACUGCACGGUGCUUUAUUCUGUCCUCCCCUUGUGAAUGUGAUGCUUUUCUGUGUAGGCCUUUUGUCUAAAUGAGAAUUUACACCAUUCCAAUGGAUCUCUCAACAAUUGUUAGGUCCCAGAGCGUCAUUCACCCAAGACUGAUAUUACUUUUUAUAUCGACUCCUUUUAGGUGAUUCUUUGAAUGGAGAAGCGUUUUCACUUUUUAAACAGUCCUCUAACGGUGAGGUCGGACCUUUUCAUUUGGAUGGUCAAGCAAUAAACGCACAGGCUCUCUUUUUCCGUUGUCAUGGACAGGAGUCGUAUCCACUGUCUGCCGCGAGGUCACCAGUUGGUUCGACGGGGAGCCGGGCGCCUGUUCAGGGACAAUCAGCCAAUAUUAAUCUUAUGACCUUGUGGUACGUAGACAAGAUUAGCUUUUGAGAAGAAAAGCGUAAGCAUAUGCUUAUCAGAACACCAGGGUCAUCUCUGUUAAUGCAAAGGUCAACUGGAGUAGAGACAGGAAGAUGAAGUGAUUGGUAGCUCAGAGAAUCAAACCAAAGACUUGUUUAAACAAAAAAAAAAAUUGUUACUCAUUAUAUACGACUUUGUUCUGUAGUUGGCGUAAAAAUCUAUGACACUUCUGAAAAUAUGUCCUCUUUAACUGACAAUUGUCAUUUAUUACUGUUGGGUACAAUUAACUUUGAUAGAGCUCCUUACCGUGGAGUUAGAUUUAAACCCAUCAAAAAUAACAGAAUAUUUGUUGCAUUUGGUGUAAAGCUGAAUGUUCAGAGUGAGUGUUACCUUUCACUUGGGCAAUGCUUCACUUAAGUAGGAGUACUGUUACUGACAUGUUGCUAAAUAAACGUGCGUUUAACGGGUGAGAGGAAGAGAGGGAAAGUAAGUGUUCUACACUAUCUGAGAGAAAUGUAAGAGUGCAUCACACAGGACACAAAGAAACACCAACCACCAGAGCCGGUCCCUUUAUUGUACAUAACACCUCUUUAUUUAACUUUCUAAGUCAGUUCAUGAUGUUUAUUCAAAUCAAUUAAUGGCUACAGAGGCACUUUUUAAGGAUUUGCAAACCAAAAGGUUUUUUUGCAAAUUCAUUUCCAACCCCUUCUUCCAAAUUCAGUGAGGGGAGGGAAAGAGGAACAAGUGAGAGUACAUAAGGGGAUGUGCAGGAGUCCUAUUUAAUGUGUGACAGAGUAUUAACAGUCUAAGCUGCUCCAGGGCGAGCUGAGAUGACAGGCACAGCGGAGCUUCCAUAAACUCCAGCCAACAACUUUUAUGAUCAUUAUGUACUGAUUGGUAUGUGCAAUUUGAAAGGCCAUCAAUGAAAAGAUUCAAGGCUGGUUUUCAAGAACUGUUCUCUCCAUUUAGCUCUGUCAUUCGGAGCUCGAACUUGAGAAAAAGGAGAAAAAGCACAUUCUGUCUCAAGGCUUAAUGUUUCAAGUUCAGGACAUUUGAGUUCUUUACGCUUUUUUUAUGUCCUGAUUAGAUUUUUUUUUAGUUUUUUUUUUUUGUUAAAUCGAGCAGAAAAGUCUAAGCUCAAUCUUGAGACAGGAUGUGCAGUUAUAUUCCACUACUCCCACCAUCCACUCGCCACCACAACUGAUCAAACUCAAAACAGGAAGCAUCCAACAUCACUCCCACCUUCACCCAUUUUUAACUGAAAUACCUAAAGAUGACACCAACGUGUUCCAAGGAAAUAUUUAUCAAUUGUAAAAAAAAGAAAAGAAAAAAAAA